UGGGGGCUUGCGGGACUGAUGGAGUGUGGGUUUUUGUGCUCUUUCUGAGGGGGGGGGGGUCCAGCUUUCUCGCUCUCCCUUCACCUGAGUGCGAACUGCGGGGGCAGCUCGCAUGCACAGCCCCCGUAGGCAUCCAGGAAGAAGUUCCCACUCCGCCCGCAAACCCACCUCAAAGGAUUUGCCUCUCUCUCUCUCCCCCCCCCCCAUACAUGCACGUUAACUUCUUCACCGCAGUAAGAGGAGAAAGAUUGCUAAUUUCAGUGCUUUGCAAGAAGAAGCCCUUCAUUUUCAGCAAUGGCAGAGGCGGCGGCCCGGAAGAAGAUGUCGGCGUUCUGGGAGGAACACUCGCGUGACGCCACCAUCGAGGAAAUGAUGCUGGACUCCAGCGCCCGGACCAUCACCCAGGAGGAGAAACCGGAGAUACUGUCCAUGCUCCCCAACACUGACGGCAAGAGGGUGCUGGAACUGGGGGCGGGAAUCGGGAGAUUCACCGGCCACCUGGCCAAGAUCGCCAGCCACGUGACGGCGGUGGACUUCAUGGAGAACUUUGUGGAGAAGAACCGCGAACUGAAUGGUCACCGGGGCAACGUCAGCUUCCUGCAGGCCGACAUCACCCAGCUGGAGUUGCCAGCCAGCAGCUUCGACAUCAUCUUCUCCAACUGGCUGUUCAUGUACCUGACCGACGCGGAACUGAUCAACCUGGCGGGCCGUCUGCUGCUGUGGCUGCAGUCUGGCGGAUUCCUGUUCUUCAGGGAGUCCUGCUUUUACCAGUCAGGUAACGUGAAGAGGAACUUCAACCCCACGGUGUACCGCCGGCCGGCCGAUUACAACCACAUCCUGACCUCCGCCGUCGCCGGGCCUGACGCGGACGGGCAGCUCUGGGGUUUCGAGAUCGUCAUGAGCAAGUCCGUGCAGGCGUACAUCAGGCUGAAGCGCAACCAGAACCAGGUGUGUUGGCUGCUGCAGAAGGUGGCCCGCGACCGCUCGGCCCAUCAGGGCUACCACACCUUCCAGCAGUUCCUGGACGGGCAGCAGUACUCGCGGAGCAGCAUCCUGCGGUACGAGCGCAUCUUCGGGCACGGCUUCAUCAGCACGGGAGGCCUCCGCACCACCAAGGAGUUCGUGGAGAUGUUGAAACUUUCCCCGGGUCAGUCGGUCCUGGACGUGGGAUGCGGGAUCGGGGGCGGCGACUUCUACAUGGCCAAGAAUUACGGCGUGGAGGUUCUGGGAGUGGACCUGUCGGCCAACAUGGUAGAGAUCGCCAUGGAGCGCACCAUAGCGGAGAGCACACCGUUGGUGCAGUUUGAGAUCGGAGACGCCACAAAGAGGGUUUUCCUGGAGAACUCGUUCGAUGUGAUUUACAGUCGGGACACAAUUCUUCACAUAGCCAACAAGGCUGAUCUCCUGAAGAGGCUCUACACUUGGUUGAAACCCGGUGGGAAGUUGCUGAUCACCGAUUACUGUUGUGGUGAGCUGCCGUGGUCAGCCAGCUUUGAGGAGUACGUGCGCCAGCGGGGAUACAUCCUGUACACCGUCCCGCGCUACGGAAAGCUGCUGGAGGAGGUGGGAUUCGUGCGCGUCCUGGCACAGGACCGGACGAAACAGUUCCUGGACGUGCUGGAAGUGGAACUGAGGGGUCUGGAGGAGAACAAGGCGGCCUUCCUGCAGGACUUCGCCGAGGACGAUUACUGCUACAUCGUGCGGGGCUGGCAGGCGAAGAUGUCCCGCUGUGAGGCUGGGGACCAGCGCUGGGGCCUGUUCUAUGCCGAGAAGCCGGGGGACGGCGAGGGCAGCCCGCCCGCCGGCGCCGGGGAGCGGAUCUCCGCCUAGGGGAGAGGGAGGGGAGGCGCCGCCGCGCGGAGCAGUCCGGCGAAACCUCCUGCCGGCAGAGGGAAGACGUACCGAUUCUCCACGGGCCGGCGGGGAAGGCGCAGGAACCAUCGUGUCCGCCGUUCGUCAGAGUUUGAUUCGGGCCGUGCCGGGUUGUAAUCAACGGGAAUAAAACGCUCCGGCUUGCGCCCGGGGUCCGCGUCUCGAUGCGUGAAGGAUCCCUGCUCUCACCCGCUGUCUGUUUCAAUGUUUGGUACUGGGCCACAGAUAAAAAUUUUAAAACUUUCUCCAAAA